AUGGCGGGGUACCCGAUCAAUGUGGGAAAUGUAAUGUCUAGGAUAAUCACAAUUGUGGGCAGUGAGCAUGAUAGAAACUACCCUUUCCCCAACUUUCUGACUAUGUACUUCAGGGACCUAAAAUUUGAAAAGAGGCCAUUCGACAUAACGGUCAAAGCGAAGGCCCCAUUCUUUUGGUACAGCAUGCACGGGGAUGACAACCCAAAGAGCAAGAACUUUAAGGGAACAACUACUGCUUCAACUGGCCAGUCUGAAGAGCUAGUUGUCGUAGUGGCUCCUGCUCAGCCUGCCUCCACUUCCACAGACAUCCCUCCUGGCCCAUCCACCUCAGCAGACCCGGAAAUUCCCUCCUCCCGAGCUUACCCAACAACUUCAUCCAAGUUGUCUAUCCUCACUACUACAGUGGAAGCUCAGUUGGCUCCUCCACCUCCGCAGGUCCCACAGUCCAUAGAGGAUGCUCUCAAAGAGAUUUUGGUCAACCAGAAGAAAAUCAUUGACAACCAGAAAGUGCUCGCUGAUGCUGUUGAUUCACAUAGCAAGGCAGACAAGCUACCUUUGGAUUUAUUGCUUCAUGACCCUGCACCAGAAGCUUAUCCCCAGCCGGAGCAGUCUCAGAGGCCUCCCAAGAGGAAGAGGAUGAUUCCCCGAGCGGACGAUGCAGUCAUCAAGUUGGCAGACCCACCGGAGGCCUCCUCCAGUCAGCCGCAGGAUGCAUCUCAAGAGCUUGUCCAGGUCCAGGCCCAGGUCCCAGCAGUAGAGCAGCAUGCCAUAGGGAACCAGUUUGAGGUCCCAGCAGUAGAGCAGCAUGCCAUAGGGAACCAGUUUGAGGUUCCCGAGCACAGGUUGGCCGCGAUCAAGAUGCAUGAGCAGCUCAGAGCGGGUGCGGGCGCCCAAUCCAUUAGGGAGGAGUUGGAGAGAAGAGAUGAGGAACUGAUGCGGUCUAUACGCAGAUGCAGCGAGCUUGAGGAGCAACUUCAUGUCAAGGAUGAAGAGAUUGAGGUGGGCAAAGGGGUUGCCGCGGAGUGCGAGGACCUUCAGGCGAAGGUAUCGUCUUUACGAUCUGAGCUCGACAAAAGUGCUACUAAGGUCGACGCUCUGAGUGCGGAAUGGACGGAGAAGGUGGCCGAGCUAGAAAAGAAAGUGGCCGAGAUGGAGAGACCAGAGAACGCUCGAGUGUCGGCUUUGGCGAGGGUGGCGGCACUAGAGGAUACUAUCCGCGUCCUCAGGUCCGAGCGGGAGUCUGAGAGAGAGACGACCAUGCUAAGGGAGGCACGGCUCGAGGAGCGAAUUGGUGAACUUGAUCGAGCCGCUUCGAUCUUGGGAGACCGAGUUGCGGCUCUCGAAGCUAAGAAGGCGCAGUUAUUGGCUCAAGCUCCCCCUCAAGAGUCUGCUUCGACCAUUAUUUUUCUGAUGAUGAUGAGGAUGUUGGGAGAACGGCGGUGGGGAAGACGCUGA